AGUCAGCCCUGCUGCAGCAUUAGACCUCAGGGACCCGCCUGACGGCCAGCGCCUGCAUGAGCUUCCACCACCCAGCCCGCCGGUCCUUUGUGCUGAGGAUACAAAUGAAACAGGCCCUGCCCCUAAGGAGCCGCCACUUUACUGGGUCGGCGAUAACCUUCCAAGACGUGACCGUCGACCUCUCCCCAGACGAGUGGAAGGGUCUGCACCCCACUCAGAGGCAGCUCUACAGGGACGUGAUGUUGGAGAACUACCGAAACCUUGUCUCCCUGGGGCCAGCAUCCCCCGGAUCCAUGCCUGAGAUCAUCUCCUGGCUUGAGCAAGGGGAAGGCAGUGAGUUUCCAGGGAGCGUUCGUUCUGUCUCACCGUGUCAAAGGGCGUGCCCAGGAAUCAAGGGAACAUUGUACGCAGUAACAGCAACCUUGUGCCAUCAGCUAUGACAGACUUAGCUCUUCUCAGCAAUGCGAUGAUCCAAGACAACUUCAAAAGACUCAUGAUGGACAAUGCUCUCCCCAGCCAGACAAAGAACUACGGAGGCUGAAUGUAGAUUGAAACACGUGAUUUUUACU